AUGGGUGGGAAUGAACCUAAUUAUAUGAUCACAGAUCAGGAUCCAGCAAUGAAAAUUGCUAUUAGAAGUGUGUUUAAGAAGACUGAACAUCGGUUCUGUAUGUGGCACAUAACGAAAAAGUUACCAGAUAAGGUGGAGAAAUCAAUCAUGCAAGAAGAAACUGGUUUCCUAAAAAAAUUAUGUGCUUGCGUUUGGCACCUUGAAAUUGAACCUGCUGAGUUUGAAGAAAGGUGGAACAAGGUGAUAAUUGAAUACCACUUGGAACAACAUGAAUGGUUAGGUUAUAUGUACAAGAUAAGAGACAAGUGGAUUCCGGCCUAUUUUAGAGAUGUGUUCCUUGGAGGAAUAAUGCGUACAACAUCAAGAUCCGAAAGUGAAAACAACUUUUUCUACUCCUUUACCAAUCCUCAUGUGUCACUUGUUGAGUUUUACUUGAGAUAUGAAGCUAAAGAAAAUGAAUUGGAAGUUGCAACAGUAAGUGAAGGAAAUCGGACUAGAACACCUGAUGUUGUGUUUAAUCCAACUAACUAUGACACCACAUGUUCUUGCAAGCUAUUUUAUAGGCAAGGAAUUCCAUGUAGACAUAUGAUUUGGGUUUGGAAAGCAAAAAGGUUUGAAACCAUUCCCAAGCAGUAUAUGCUACACAGGUGGACUACUAUGGCAUUAAAGAAACCAAUUUUUGACUUGGGAGGAAACCUGUUGGAGCAAUGUGCUAAUAUAAUAGACAAGAAAAAAUUGUUAAAUGAUUUAUGGUCAGAGAUACACACUUGUGUAAGUUUGGCAGAAGGCAAAGAUGAAGAUAUUCAAGACCUUGUGAUAAAUCUUCAAGGAAUAAGAAAGGAUUUGGAAGCAAAGAGGAUUGCAAGAAAUAAUGAAACAACAGCUGGAAGUGCAAAAAACAAAGAGCAAGACAUUGAGCUAUUGAUUGGAGCUAGUGUGCCAACUGAAAUAAUUGUCAAACCUCCAAAAGUUUCAAAGAAUAAAGGGACUGGAGUUCAUGUAUCAAAUGAAGAGACUUCAAAAAAGAAAGCGAGUGAGACUAAUGUGUCAAAUGUUGAAACAAGAGGUAGAAGUGCAAAAAGGCUUAAGGGAGAAAAAGAAAAGUUUAAUGCUUUGCAAUAUUGUUGA